CACAGGUUGACCUGGGCUUCUUUGCUUAACCACAUGCUUUACCUGAUGAGCUAGGGUCAGGAAGAAUGUUUCCAGGCUCCCAUUCCCUUUUCCAGUAUAAAUACCAAAGGAAUAAAUCUCUUGGCUUCUCACUAAUACUCAACUGUUUAAUUGACCUAUUGGGGAUGCGUGGCCACACCUAGCUUGUUAGGGUUGUCAGGGUUCCAGCUCUAAAUCUAAAAAUUCCCAAGCGAAUCAGGAAAAAGCACACAUUUUGGAUAUCAGCUGCUCACAGCAAGCUGACCCCAAAUGGUUAAGACCUGGAAGGUGCCACACAGCUACUGAAGUGACAGCAUCUGAGGGGAUCUUUCUUGACUUUCCACUUCAGCAGGCUUCCACAGCUUUUCUACCUCGACCCAGGAAAGCCAAGAAGUGAGAAUUUAAGCUUUGUUUUAGAGUCUCAGGAAAGUUUAACCCUUGGUAAAUUUCUUCCUACUUCAGGCACCUCAGGUUUAAAGGCUCCUUUGAGCUACAUGAGUUAUUUUUACACCAUUUUGAUGACUUAUUAGAGUUCUGCUGAGCCUUUCCCAUUUUGUUGAACCCCUACACUAUAUGGUAGCUCUUAGCUAUCCAGAAGCCCUUUUGGGCAAGGUUGACUUUCUGUUGGAUAACUUGUGCAUCGCUACCUACUGGGGAAGAUUGAUAUGUGCCUUUGGGGGGUCUUUAUGAAGCCAUUUAAGGUUCUGUAUGGGGACAUUGGAGACAGAGAGACAAGGGUGUCCAGGGGCUCUCCACUAUGAUCUGUCAAACCAUGGGGGAAAAAGAGUCUGUCCUGAUGUCAUCUGAGACAAUGGCAUAGGUUCAUUUUCUCAGAUGAUUAAAUAAUUAAAAGACAGAAAGGAGGAGUUGAGAAGUUUCUUAUUUCCAUUUUUAUUGCCAAGGCAACCCCUAUAAGAGAAGGCAUUUAAUUGUGGACUUGCUCACAAUUCCAGAGUGUGAGUGGAUGGCCAUCAUUAUCGCAGGGAGCAUGGCAGCAGGCAGGACAUGUAGCUGAGAGCUUACAUCUGAUCCACAAAUUGAAGACAGAGGCAGAGGUGGGGGUUGGGAAUGAGCUGCAGUGGCUUGGGCUUCUGACAACUCAAAGCCCACCUCCAGUGACACUUCUCCAGUGAGGUCACACCUCCUAAUCCUUCCCAACAAGUUCCACCAACUGGGAACCAAAGCAUUCAAGUGUUUUAUUCAAGGUGAAAGUAAGGGAAAGUAAACUCCUUUGGAAAGGGAGGAUCCAGAAUGCGAAUGUUCCUUUUAUCCCAGCCAGGGAAUCAGUUAGUUAUGGGUUCCCUUCCAGCGGGCUCUGUAACAGCUGUUGUAUGGAACCCUUAGAAUCAUGUCUUACAGACACUAGAUCUCAAACUGACAAAAGGAAAUGGACUUACUACAGUUUAGUCAAACCAAGAAGGAAAAGAGUCCUAGUUGCUCAUGAUCUUUUCCAUGACGAUGUUAAGACUUCUAUAGGCGAUAUGUAUAUGUGUAGUGGUUUGAAUGGGAAUGGCCCCCAAAGUCUCAUAGAUUGAAAUGCCUGGUUAUUAGGGAGUGGCACUACCUGAAUAGGAUUAAUAGGUGUGGGCCUCUCAGAGGAAACAGAUCUAUCACUUGGGAAGGACUUUGAGGUUUCAAAAGCCCAAGCCAGGCCAAAUGCUAUCUACAUCUGCAGAUCCAGAUGUGGAACUCCCAGCUACUUCCCCAGCACCAUGUCUACCUGCAUGCCACCAUGCACCCUGACAGAAUGACAAUGGACCAAACUUCUGAAACUGCAAGCCAGCAAACAAUUAAAUGGCUUCCUUUAUAGGAGUGGCUGUGGCCAUGGUGUCUCUUCACAGCAACAUGGAGUAAGGCACUACACAACACAAGCCAGGAAAUACAUUAUGUCAGCCUAAGUUAUCAGAAUCGUACGUGAUCUCUUCUGGGACGGUAAGUCCAUGCUACUAUGGCUGGUGUAGAGGCUUUGUUCUUUCCCUUUACCCAACAUGGAAUUCCUGGGAAUUAAUUAUUUGGGGUCCAUUGCUUCAAUAAUUUAAUAACGAAGUCUUUUUCUUCAAAAUGUCUUGUCUCCUGUCAGGUUGGGUACAGGGUGCACCUAUUGCCUGCUCUGAGCUGCAGUUUCCAUGGUGAUAUCUUCUAUUCUACUUUCAGGUCAUGUGGCUCUAAUUGGUUGACUAUAACGACAGCCAGGCCCUCAGGUCAUAGCAGUGCACAGCUCAGUCGCAUAACCAGCUUCACAAUCAGCCCCAGGCUCUCCCCAAGAGUCCCUACCACCUCCCCUCCCCUGAGACCAGCUUAUAAGUAUCCAGAAAAAAGACCUCAAGGGAUAGCCAGUGUUACACACCCAGCCUGUAACCUUCCUGUUGGCCUCAGCUGACUCUACGCAGACAAUGCCAUCCUCUGUCUCACAGGGAGUCCUUUUGCUAGCAGGCCUGUGUUGCCUUUUCUCUGGCUCCCAGCCCCAAGAUCCCCUGGAGAUGGAUGUGGAUGAACACGACCAUGACCAUAAGGAGCAUCUUCUCUGCUACCGAGUCUCCUACAUCAUCAUCCAGAUAACCUUCACCUUGUAUCAUAAGUCUGAUAGCUGGUCAAAACAAACCAACGUCUUAUUCUCCCCGCUGAGUAUUAUUGCUUCCUCUCUGAUGCUCUCCCUGGGGGCAAAGAACAACACCCAUGACCAGAUCCUGGAGGGACUGAACUUCAACCUCACAGAAACACCUGAGAAUUUCAUCCAUGAAUGCUUUCAGCAACUUACAUAUAUCCUGCAUCUGCCAGACCACACACCGCAGCUGACAAUGGACAGCAGCCUGUUCACUGACCAGAAGCUGAAGCUUAUGGACAAGUUCGUGGAAGACGUCAGGAGGCUAUACCACUCAAAGGUCAUUGCUCUCAACUUCAAGGACACCCAAAGAGCCCAAAACCAGAUCAAUGAGUAUGUAGAGGGCGAAACCCAUGGGAAAAUAGGAGGAUUGGUCAAGGAAAUGGAGGCAGACACAGAUUUCGCCUUGAUGAAUUACAUCUUCUUCCAAGGCAAGUGGUAUGAUGAUUUCGAGGUUGAACGCAUUGUGGAACAGGACUUCCACGUGAACUCGGACACCACUGUGAAAGUGCCCAUGAUCCAUCGGCGGGGCCGAUUUUUCUUGUAUCGCGACUUAGAUCUGUCCUGCUGGGUGAUGGUACAGCAUUAUAUGGGCGAUGCGACUGCCUUCUUCAUGUUGCCCGACCAAGGGAAGGUGCAGGAGCUAGAGAAGACCUUGAAUCAAAGACACUUUGAAAAUAUCUUACAGCUCAUUGACAUAAGGACUGCAGAUUUGUACUUUCCCAGAUUGUCUAUAGCCACAACCUAUGAUCUGAAGACCAUCCUGAGCACACUGGGCAUCACCGAGGUCUUCAGCAAGGAGGCUGACCUCUCAGGGGUCACACAGGAUGCUCCCCUGAAGCUCGGCAAGGCUGUGCACAAGACUGUACUGACCUUUGAAGAUGAUGUGACAGUACCUACAAGGAACACCAGUUGGAGUAAGAGGGACUCGCCUCAAAACUUUUCAAUCCAUUUCAACAGGCCCUUCUUAUUUGUCAUUAAAGAUGAAUACACCAAUUGCCCCCUCUUCGUGGGAAAAGUGGUAAAUCCCGUAACAAAUGAUUGAUUUCAAAAUCCAGUCACCCUCACCACCCUGUUCCAGCUGUGUCCUCUUCUUGCUGACAUUAAACGUGGGAUAGUUUCACUCAUGCCUGAGUGCAACCAGCAAA